AUGAACACGUUUCUAUCACGGUUAAACACCGUAUUUGCUUUUACCCUUACAGUUCUCGCGGCCUUGACGUUUUUAUGUUUCCUCUCGACGCUUUUUAAUGCACAUCAGGCGCCACUGCAUCUUCAGACAAAGAAAGUUUUGGUGUAAGUAACUCCUCGAGGACAAUGACGCGAAAAUAAUUUCUUGUUCUAACACGUGCGUCUGUUUUUCUCUCUUAUCAGGAAAAACGUUCAGGACUUUAGCGUUUCAAAGGAUAAAAAUGAUUUGGGCUUCAUUACUUUCGAUCUAGAAGGAGAUAUCCUUUUUGAAAAGGAAUGUAAUUAAGGACUUCUGUUACUUGGCCUUUCCAUUUUAUACCCGCAUCCCAGGCAUUGAGACAAAGUAAAUUAUAAAUAUUAGCCCUUUGGAAAAAGGAACAAAGACUGCUGACACAUUUUUCCAAUCAGAAAAAGAGAGAUGUUUUUGAGAUAUCAGAGGUACCAACAUACAUGAUGCUACCCCUAAGAAAUGACAUAUUGAACCCCCCUCCGUCUACUAUUUCUCUGUACCUCAUGAAUGGGGGGGGUAUUGGACGUCACAUGGAAUGGCCCAAUAUUUGUAGGCAAUUCUCCCUCUUGUACAAAGGCAUUGUAGCUUUAAUUAAAUUAAAUUUUAUUUUAAAAUAACAAUAAUCAAAAUCAGUGCCAACACAAGUCAUGGCAUUUUUAUUCAGAUGGCCCCUUGGUGUGCAUUGAAUGGCAUAAUGUUUUAUUGCAUCAAUGACAUGAUGUGAAGGUCCAUUUUUAAAAAGACUUUAUUUGAUAAGACCCAGUAGUUUUCAUUAUGGCCCUGACCCUCAAUAUUAUAAGUUCAUAACAAUGCAUCAUUGGGGAACGUCUGAUGAAAAUUUGCUUAGUGUGGCAAAAUUCUUCCUACAGUCAGUCAUGAUGACUGGAAAGAUUAUGCUGUUAUUAUUAUAAUAAUUAUUAUUUGAAUCUGAAUAUUAAUGUUUUGCAUUAGCACUUGCAUUACUUAACCAAUAACUGGCUGUACUGUCCCUUUAUUAUUGGAUUCAAGCGUAUACCGUAAAUCCUCCACUAAGGGCCCCCCCUCUCAAACAAGCCCCCUCUCCCUAAUAAGCUCCCCCUUUUCAGGGGAAGAAAGUUAAUAAGUUUCCGCUCUCUUAUAAGCCCCCCCCCCCCUCCCUUCCCUCCCUCUUAUUAUUCUUCACAAUAAAUGAUAGUCUUCUUGUACUUGAGCUUUUCCACCUUGUAUUUUGGUUCAUUAUGGAGAACUGAUACCAUCAUCUUUGCUUAAUAAAAUACCCCUGCUCAAAUAAGUCCCCCAUCUCCUCCCCCCCCACCCCCAAAUGUGUUUGAAAUAAAUAAGCCCUCCACCCUGGGGGGGGGGGGGGCGCUUAAUAGAUGAUUUACAGCAAAUGUAUCCUCAUACUCAUUCUCCAGACUGAUGUCCCUACAUGUAGUUGAGAGCAAUUGAAAAACGAUCAAAGCAUUUCCCUUGUUGAACACUUUAUUAACCUUUUAUCUCAAUGAUGUAUUGAUGUUGUUGCAAGAAAAUUUGUUUUGGUCUUAUCUCCCCUCCCCUACCACUAGAAACCUACUGAGGGUCCCUUAAAAAGUCAUCAUGUAAACUUUUCAUAGCAUAGUGGGACAAAAGUUCUUUGUUUUAGGGUUUGUGUUUUCUACGUGUAAGUAUACAAGUGUUUUCCUUAACCUAAUGAAACAUAUGAAAGGAAUUUUCAACUGGAAUGUUAAGCAGCUUUUCUUGUAUUUAACAGCAGAGUACUCAACCAAGAAUAAUGUAUGUGUGUUUCUUCCUCUAUUUCAAAUAAAAUUGACGAAACUUCUCAAUCGUCAAUUUGUAAGGAGAGAAAUUUCUUAUAAGAAUUCUGUUUAUUUUGCCCCUUUGUGCAAGUCAAUGUAAUGCAAGUUUUGAUUUUCUUUUUGGGGUGGACCUCUUCAAUUAAUAGCACCAAUGGAGAGAUUUAAGCAUGGUGGUUGUGUCAUGUUUUGAGAACAUGACAAUAAUUAUUAAUACAUACAAAAUGUAUCAGAAAAGGGUCAUCAAUGGAUUAAAUGUUAACAAAAAUGUAUAAAUUUUAUGAUAAUGAACUGAAAUUUUUCAUAAUCAAUUAUCACAAAUUGUUUUUAUGUUUUCAGUCAAUUAUCAAUAAAAAGAUCGCCACACCACUAACAUUUUUCUGCUUAAAAGUCUUGCUGUAAACUCAUUUAGGAUAUAAAAUAUAAUUUUUGUCUCAUGAAGACACUGUGGAAUUAUUUUUCAAGUGCCUUCAGGUGGUAUAAAGAUGUUAAUUUUAUUGAUUUUCUUUUAAUCAGAAAUUUAAUCAAGUGGUGAUAUGGGACAAGAUCAUCUUACGUGGAGACAAUGCUCUUCUGAACUAUCAUGGCAUGAAUACAAAGUACUACUUCUUUGACGAUGGUCUUGGACUCAAGUGAGUUUACCAAACAACAUUAUUAUGAAUGCCUUGUCAUAGUCAAACCAGUGAAAUGUGCAUGGACAUUGAUUUUUCUUUUCUUGUCUCUUUUUUUUUUUUCAGGGGAAACAAGAAUGUCAGUCUGUACUUAUCCUGGAAUGUAAUUCCUAAUGCUGGAGUCCUUCCCUUGAUAAGCCAACCGAACAAGUUCUACUUUGACUUCCCUAACGAAUACACUGUUAACAGAGGAGGAUUUGAUCAUUGAUGUUUUUGCCAAAGUCAAAGUUUGGAAAAUGUUCACCUUUAAGAUUCAUUUUAAAACAAGUCACAUGCAGUAUCAUGCAAAAAUGCCAUAGACCUUUCUCUUGAAACAUCAUGCUGCAUUAAAAUUAUUUCAUCCAUAGACAUACAUGUAAACAAAGAGGAUUUCAGCUACAUUCCAAGUGUUAAAACUACAGCAUACCUGCAUAACUGUAGGCUUAUAUCUGAAUAUUUUUUUCAUAGAGAGAGAAAAAAUGAAGCUUUUUCUAGCCCUUGUUUGCUGUUUGAUUUAUUAUUUUGCCUCUGUCACCUUGUGAUCAUCUUAUGUUUAAAAUAAAUUUAUUAAUAAUCUUACAUCAUGUUUUUCAAAUUCAUCCAAGUCAGUAAUAUCAUAAAACAUAUAAGACACACUGUUUCAUCACAAGAUCAAACAAUUAGAGGGGAGUUGAUAAUAUGACGUGCACAGUUGAGUGUUUUUGACCAAAGGGGCCCCACACAAUCUGUGAGUAACCAGUUGUUAUUUAAUUUAUAAUAAUUUGCUGGAUUUACUGUUUGCUUCAUCUGUAGUGGUAUGUUGCUUUAAAAUUAAUAUGUAUAUACAGGGUGCAAAGAAAAUCAUUUUUAUGGCCUGCCAUUCGUGCAAGCUGGAGCUAGCAUUUACUAUCCCAGACGUCAUUUCAACUAGCCCCCGACGCUUUUUGACGAGCAGAAUUGAUUUCAUAAUAGUUCCUCUGUUAUUCAAAUUGCUCACAAAACAUCACUUACCUGUCGGGCAAGUUAUUAAACGACAAAAUUCACUACCCCGAUAGCAAAAUCCACUAGCCCGGGCUAUUGGACACUACUAAAUUUCUUUGCACGCUGAUAUAAAUCAAUGUUAAAUUAAUGUUGUACUACCUUACCUGUGGUAUACUGUUGUCCUUUUGCCUCAAACAACGUACCACAGGUAAGGUAAUACAAUGUUUAUUUGACAUUGAUUUAUAUACAUAUUUAGCGAUAUAUUACGAUACUAAGAUGUAGCAAACGGUAAAUCCAGUACAUUAACUGUAAAAUAACAAUCGGUUACACACACAGAUUGUGUGGGCUCCCUGUAUUCUGACAAAUGUUGUAGUGUGAUCAAUGAAUUCAAAAUUCAUUGAUUUUCUUCUCAAGCAAAGUGAUUUUAGAAAGAAACAUUAAGGAUGCAAAAGUGAGGAGUUUUUCCUCUGAUUUCCAAACACUUGUCAAACAUUUUUUUGUAUAAUUUAUGAAUUGUGAUUGGAGAUUGUGAUUGAUUAGAGUUGAUUAGAGUUGCAAGGGAUGCUGAUAAUUUUGUUGUGGCUGCCCUUCAUACAACAUGUUCACAUGAAAACUGUCCCAGGAGAAGCUGUGUAAUAACCAUACAGUUUAGGUGUAGUUUUUGCUGCAAGUUAUUUGUGAAAUCUAUCAAAACUGAAAAU